AAAUAUUAAUAAACUAUUAUUAAUAAAAAAUAAUAAAAAUCGAACGCCAAGCGUACAGGUUUCACAACAAGAGCGGGAUUAUUUUCUUCUGUGAAUUUGUAUACGUGUGUGUUUUGUGUGUGUGUGUGUGUGUGCGAGUGUAAACAGAAGUGACGUUUGCAGCUAUAAAAAAAGGCAAAAGAAAAUAGAAAAAAGUUGAAGUUUGUUUCGCCUUCACUCCCCUCUUCCCAUUUCUCGUUUAGUCUGUGUCCAAAUUUUUUGUGUCAAAAUUGGCAAAUGCUUUUUGGCCAAAAACAAUAAGCAGCCAGCCAACACACCCAAAAAAGAAUUUCAUGCAUUUCCAAUAAGAAUUGAAGUUAAUUUGUUGCUGCUGCUGCCGCUGCUGCAGCAGCAAAAGAGCGGCGAAGCACAGGCAGACGCAGCGUGUUGCAUUAAUUAAGAAAAUGAACAUCUAAGACGCAGUGUUAUGCUGAGGCAGCAACAUCAAAAUUUGCGGCAUUCAGGCAUGUGGCGGUGUUAAGACCAAUUAGCAAAAUUAAAACCAAGACCAACAACUCAAACACACAUUCCAAUAUCAGCGAGUACAACAACAACAACAAUAGACACUAGCGAAUAAAUUGGUGUACAAGAGAGAGACAAAGAGACAAACAACGAGAACGCCGUCGAGACAGAGGAGAGUGUGUGAAAAAGAUUAUUGCCAGGUGAGAUCGUUUGUCAGCAAUGACACUGAUCACAACUGCCUCAACACCGGAGAGUAACACGAAAAUGGAAGUUAAGGGCGUUCCAGGUGAAGAGAAUCUGCCCACUUCUGAAAUGGAUCUACUAGCUAAACUGGAGGCGGCCAAUAAGCUCAUUGAGAGCGAUGCCAAGAGUCUGAAUUCGUUACAUUCAACGCACAGUCGCAAGAAUUCCGAUACGAGUCAAAUAAGUUUGACAUCGAGUGGCAACUCUGUUGCCGAGGAGGACAUCUGGACCCAAUGGGCCACCAUAUUAAAUGACUGGGAAGGCGCUCUAAAGCGUAAAAAUCCCUGCGUUCGCGAACUCGUACGACGCGGCAUUCCCCAUCAUUUUCGUGCAAUCGUCUGGCAACAAUUGAGUGCGGCCGCCGAUGCCGAUAAGAAGCAAUAUGCCGAAUAUAUCAAAGCCACAUCGGCCUGCGAGAAGGUGAUAAGGCGUGACAUCGCUCGCACUUAUCCCGAGGUUGAUUUCUUCAAGGAGAAGGACGGACCUGGUCAGGAAGCUCUCUUCAAUGUGAUCAAAGCGUAUUCGCUCCAUGAUCGCGAAGUGGGCUAUUGUCAGGGCUCGGGUUUCAUUGUGGGUUUACUACUCAUGCAGAUGCCCGAGGAGGAGGCAUUCGCCGUGCUGGUUCAGAUUAUGCAGCAACAUCGUAUGCGUCACAUGUUCAAGCCGUCGAUGUCCGAGCUGGGGCUGUGCAUGUAUCAGCUGGAGAAUUUGGUGCAAGAGCAAAUACCCGAUAUGCAUAUACAUUUCCAGCAGCAGGGCUUCCAGACGACCAUGUACGCUUCCAGCUGGUUCCUAACCCUCUAUACGACCACAUUAAAUGUGAAUCUUAGUUGCCGAAUCAUGGAUGUCUUUCUCAGCGAGGGCAUGGAGUUCAUUUUCAAAGUGGCAUUGGCAUUGCUACUCACUGGCAAGGAAACUCUGCUUUGCCUCGAUAUGGAGGCCAUGCUCAAAUUCUUCCAGAAAGAGCUACCCGGCCGGGUUGAGGCCGAUCCAGAGGGCUUCUUUAAUCUAUCCUAUUCCCUCAAGAUCAAUACGAAGCGCAUGAAGAAAAUGGAGAAAGAGUAUCAAGACUUACGCAAAAAGGAGCAAGAGGAAAUGGUCGAAUUGCGGCGAUUACGUCGCGAGAAUUGCCUUCUAAAGCAACGCAAUGAGCUGCUCGAAGCGGAAAGUGCAGAGCUGGCCGAUCGUCUGGUACGUGGCCAAGUAUCCCGAGCUGAGGAGGAAGAAACUAGCUAUGCCAUUCAAACUGAACUAAUGCAAUUGCGGCGCUCUUAUUUGGAAGUAUCACAUCAAUUGGAGAACGCCAAUGAGGAGGUUCGUGGCCUGAGCUUGCGUCUGCAGGAGAAUAACGUUUCCAUUGACAGCAAUAACUCUCGCCAAUCGUCAAUCGAUGAGCUGUGCAUGAAAGAGGAGGCCUUAAAGCAACGAGAUGAGAUGGUCUCUUGCCUGCUGGAGGAGUUGGUCAAGGUGCGUCAAUCGCUUGCCGAAAGCGAGGAUCAGAUACGAAAUCUAAAGUCGAAAAUCGAAGAGCUUGAGGAGGAUAAGAAGACAUUGCGUGAAACUACCCCAGAUAAUUCGGUGGCCCAUCUGCAAGAUGAGCUGAUUGCAAGUAAAUUGCGUGAAGCCGAAGCCUCCCUUUCCCUAAAGGAUCUCAAGCAGCGGGUGCAAGAGCUGAGUACUCAAUGGCAGCGGCAGUUGGCCGAGAAUCAGCGUAACGAGAACGAACGUAGCACAGCGGCUGUUGAUUCGACGCCCAAAAAACUGUUGACCAACUUCUUUGAUAGCUCGAAAUCGAAUGAGCAUACCCAGAAACUGGAGGAGGAACUCAUGACGACACGAAUUCGAGAAAUGGAGACGCUAACCGAACUCAAGGAGUUGCGACUCAAGGUGAUGGAGCUAGAGACCCAAGUGCAGGUCUCAACAAAUCAAUUGAGGCGACAAGAUGAGGAGCACAAGAAACUGAAGGAGGAGCUCGAAAUGGCGGUGACUCGCGAAAAGGAGUUGGCCAACAAAGCUCGCGAACAGCAACACAGAUACUCGGAUCUGGAAUCUCGCAUGAAAGAUGAACUGAUGAAUGUGAAAAUUAAAUUCACCGAACAGAGUCAGACAGUCGCUGAACUGAAACAGGAAAUAUCGCGACUGGAGACAAAGAACUCGGAAAUGUUGGCCGAAGGCGAACUACGUGCCAAUUUGGAUGAUUCGGAUAAGGUACGUGACCUGCAGGACAGGCUGGCCGAUAUGAAGGCGGAGUUGACGGCACUAAAGAGUCGCGGUAGAUUUCCGGCCAACAAUUUGCGAAGUUCAUCGAUUCAAUCAAUCGAAUCGACCGAGAUUGAUUUCAGUGACCUCAAUAUGGUACGGCGUGGGAGUACGGAUCUUUCAACAUAACUACUAAUCAAUCUGCUCCCUACCCAAACCUAUGUCCGGCACCUCUAGGCGAAGGCGUAGGCGGGGCAGGCAGGCGGCAACAACAUCAACAACAACAACAAAACAGGCACAGCAAGUUCACACAGGUUUUACUUUUUCUAUAUUAUGUCAAAUCAAAAAUAUAUAUAAUUAUAUAUAUAUAUAUAUAUAUGAUACAAGUAUGUAAAGUAUGUAGCAAGUAUGCCUGUGAUCUAUAGGAAAAGUCGGCAGCGACAAAGCAGAUUAGAGGCAGGCAAUAUGUUUCGAUCUGAUCUGAACUAGUUUUGGAUGCUUUGGCGCACAGGAAAUAAUUUGAAAAGUUUACAUAUAUUUUUGUGUAUUAUAUUAUUUUAAUACAAUUUUACUUAAAUGUUUCCCAUUAUUUUAUUAUUAUUUAAGCUUAGUUUUUUUUUUUAUUACAUUUUUUUGUUUUAAUAUUAAGUUAAUGAAGAUUAAUUAGAAGAAAAGUGAAAGAAAAACAGAGAAGUCACACUCAUAUUUAUUUAUUA